GACUGGGACCAAACGGCGUAAGUUCACCAGCUAAGGCACACAACGAUUUCUGGAGAAAAGUGACACAUUGGGGGACUGCGUGGUAAAAGGGAGGAAACUCCUUCUUCCAUAAUAGCCUUCUACAGCGGAAUGUUUUCUCGAAGGGGCCAUGGAGACGUCAAGAAAUCUACACAGAAAGUUCUGGACCCAAAGAAGGAUGUCCUGACCCGGCUGAAGCACCUCCGCUCACUGCUAGAUAUCAUCGAAAAAAGUGAGCUGAAGCCGUUCUUCGAGUCCAACUGUUCUCAGAUUUAUUUUAUCUUCUAUGAAAAUUUCAUUAUACUGGAAAGCAACUUAAAGCAAAAAGGGAACAAAUCGCAACGGGAGGAGCUGGACUCCAUUCUCUUUAUUUUUGAAAAAAUUCUUCAACUUCUGCCUGAGAAAAUCUGCAGUAGAUGGCAGUUCCACAGUAUAGGUUCCAUUCUGAAAAAGCUUUUGCACACGGGAAACUCCUUCAAGAUCCGCUGCGAGGGGAUCCGGCUCUUCCUGCUGUGGCUACAGGCGCUGCAGCAGAACUGUGCGGAGGAGCAGUGCCUGAUCUUCGCCUGCCUGGUGCCGGGCUUCCCCGCCGUCCCCUCCUCCCGCGGGCCCUGCACCCUGGACACCAUCAUCUACAACCCCUUCUCCAACCCGCCUGAUGCCAAGGUGGUCCCAGAGGAGAUCACACCGCUUGUGCCAGCCGUACCCGGGGAGAAGGUGGCUGAUGACCAGACCUGCUACAUCCUCCAAACUCUCCUCAAGUUCAUGGUCGUCCAGGCCUCCAGUCUGGAGUGGAGGAACAGAGAGAACCAGGACAGCGGUUUCAGGUUCCUCUUUGCUCUGUUCAAGAAGUACUACCUACCCCACCUCUUCCCCUCUUUCACCAAGCUCACCAACCUCUAUAAGCCCCUCCUAGACCUUCCCCACCACAGACCAAAGCCCCUGUACGUCCCGGUGACCCGGAACAACGAGAGCACCUUCUGCACGCGCGACCAGUACCUGGCUCCCCGCGUGGCCUUCAUCACCUGGCUGGUCACCUUCUUCCUGGAGAAGAAGUACGUCAGCGCGGCCGCGCCCAGCGCCAAGAACGGAGCCGAGGUCCUGCCCAAGAUCAUCCAGACCGUGACUGCAGGCAGUGGCGGUCAGGAGAAGGUUCCGGAGCCGGAGCCCAACGGGCCGGCGGAGCAGGAGAAGAACCACUCCAACAGCAGCACUCUGUCGGACCGGCGGGCCAGCACCUCCAGCGUCUGUAGCGUGGAGGAGGAGUACCGCGGCGUCUACGACAUGGUGCACUGCAUCCUGCUGUCCACCCGCGACAACGUCAACUUCGUCAAUGAGGUCUUUCACCAGGCCUUCCUGUUGCCCUCCUGUGAGGCCUCAGCGACCCGGAAGGUGAUUAAGGUUUACAGGAAGUGGAUCUUGCAGGACAAGCCAGAGUUCAUGGUUGAGCCGGAGAAGGACAGCCAGGAGGAGGUGGAGGAAGCUGCAGAGCAGCUACUGGAGACGGAGACUGACAGCACGCACACACAGGCGUUGGUGACUCACGGGCACAAGCGCUCUUCCAGCUGGGGCCGGACGUACUCCUUCAGCAGCGCCAUCAGCCGGGGCUGCCUCACCGAGGUCAACAGCCAGCCCAUCAAGGCCGGGGUCCAGUCCACCCUGCAGGUUUUCCUGACCAACUCGGCCAACGUCUUCCUGCUGGAGCCCUGCCACGACGUGCCCAAACUUCUGGAGAACCAGGUGGAGGUGUGCAAGGGCGUCCUCAGCAUCUACCGCCGUAUGAUCAUGGACCACACCAUGAACAGGAAGACCUGGGAGCAGAUGCUGCAGGUGCUUCUCAGGAUCACGGAGGCUGUGAUGAAGCGGCAGCAGGAGAACCAAAGAAAGGACACCUUUGCCGAGAGCCUGGCUGCUCUCCUCUUCAGGACCAUCAUCGUGGCGUGGGUGAGGGCCAACCUGAGCGUCUUCAUCUCGCGGGAGCUGUGGGACGAGCUGCUGAGCGUGCUCUCCUCGCUCACUGACUGGGAGGAGCUGGUGAGCGAGUGGUCCAGCAUCAUGGACUCCCUGACGGCUGUGCUGGCCCGCACCGUCUACGGCCUGGACAUGAGCAACCUGCCCCUGGACAAGCUGAGUGAGCAGAAGGAGAAGAAGCAGCGGGGCAGAGGGGUGAUCAAGGACUCCCAGACGGCAGCGUCGGUGGGCCGCUCCUUCUCCCUGAGCUGGAGGAACCAGGGGGACGGGGUGCAGGAGCCCAUGCGCUUCCGCAGCGCCACCACGUCCGGUGCCCCUGGGGUCGAGAAGGCCCGCAACAGCGUCCGGCAGAAAGCCUCAGCUAAGCGAAGCCAGUCUAUCAGCAACUGCGUGCACCUUUACGAGGCUUUGCCCGCUACUAAAAGCGUCCCUCUGCUGCUGCACACUGUCAGCUCUUUCUUACCUGGCAUCUCUUCCACCUCUUGCUCUCACCGCCUCUCAGAUGUGGAAGAGGGCCAGCUGUCUGAGUGCGGAGGCGAAGGAGAGCUGGAGGACGGAGACGCCCCCCUCCCGCGGAGCAGCAGCACCUCCGACAUCACCCAGCAGCCUUCCGACACCUUCCCAGGUCAGAAGCGGGAGUACUCUCCAGCUAACAGCAUGGACGGCAGGACGGGGGUGUCCGAAAACGCUGUGGCAGCGAGGAGGGAGGGCGAGCCACCCAUGAUUUUCAUUCGUCGGAGCAGUAGUCCUGUUGAGCUGGACUACCCUGGUGAUGGGCAGAUCUCGUUUGGCAGGACCAAACUUCGGGAGAAAAGCGAGAGCAUCAGCAGCGAGACGUCCAACGGCUACCUGAAUGAGUCGGAUGUGGGCCUUCUCACGUGGCAGGCCUUCGAGGAGGAGCACGACUCCCACUCUGCCCACGAAAUGUCCGCCGACGCAGACUCCCACAGGAGCCUCCUCCUGAGCCACACGGAGGCGCUGGCAGGUUCUGAGUGUGCCCUCCCUCCCCACUCCACACCCCCAUCCCGCCCCCAGCACCCCCCUGCCUCGCCAGCUUUGCUAGUGCCCCCCGACUGCCAGGACUGCCCCCCCCUCCUGGAGGACCCCAUGCACCAGUCUGUGUUGCACUUGCCAGAGGACCGGGACAGCAGCGAGUGCCUGACGGAUGACAUCAGCAUCAUCGCCGGGGGCAGCCUGACCGGCUGGCACGCCGACUCGGCGGCCGUGCUCUGGAGGAGGAUCCUGGGAAUCCUCGGAGACGUCAACGGCAUCCGCUGCCCCAAGAUCCACGCCCGGGUGUUCACCUACCUCUAUGACCUCUGGCGCAAGCUGGCCAAGAUCCGGGACAAUCUGGGAAUCAGCGCGGAUAAUCAGUCCUCCCCACCCCAGCCGGUCCUCAUCCCGCCUCUCCGCAUGAUGGCCUCCUGGCUGUUCAAGGCCACCACGUUACCAGCAGAGUUCAAGGCGGGGAAGUUGCAGGCCUAUAAGCUGAUCUGUGAGAUGAUGACCAAGCAGCAGGACGUGCUCCCCAACAGUGACUUCCUGGUGCACUUCUACCACGUCAUGGAGAAGGGCUUCAACAGUGAUGACCAGGAUGUCCUGAACACGGUGAUCCGGCACUGCUCUCCACGCUUCUUCUUCCUGGGACUGCCGGGCUUCACCAUGCUGGUGGGAGACUUCAUCCAGGCGGCCGCGCGGGUCCUCAAAUCAGACACCUCCGAGGCCCCGAGGGUUGAAGCCCAGACGAUUCUGGGGUCUCUGGUCUGCUUCCCCAACCUGUACCUGCAGAUGCCCCUACCGCAAUCUGUACCAGGAAAUGGCGACAUCAACGCAGGCAACGAGGGAGUUAAGGACUAUCUGAUUAACAUCUUGCUGCAGACGGCCCGGAGUGAAUCAUGCGAGAGAGCCAGGUGCAUCGCCAUCUGCAGUCUUGGAGUUUGGAUCUGUGAGGAACUGGUGCAGCAAACACACCACUCUCGGUUGAGGGAGGCCAUAAACAUCCUUGGGGUUACACUAAAGUUUGGGAACAAGCUGGUGGCGCAGACGGCCUGCGACGUCUUCCAGCUGCUCAUCUCCCACUGGCGGCAUCUCCAGAGAACCGAUCGCUCGCUCCCCAAGAAGAUCACAGAGAUUUUUAUAGCCACCAUCACAUUCCUUUUACCCAGUGCAGAGCACUCAACAGUGGAGGCUGAUAAGAAGCUGAUAGUCUCGCUGCUCCUCUGUGCGCUGGACUGGUGUAUGGCCCUCCCUCUGAGCACCCUCCUGGAGCCAGUUACCAUGCUGCCCGUGCUGGAUGACCCCCCAUCCCACAAGGCCCCUCUGCUGGACUACAUCUACAGGGUACUACACUGUUGCGUCUCUGGGUCCAACCUCCACACUCAGCAGAGCCACUACCUCCUCAGCCUGCCCGACCUCGCCGCCACUGACUAUGAGCCCUUCUUGGCCCUGGGCAACGUCAAGAGCUCCGAGCCCCCACCUCUCCACUCAACCGCCGACUUCGGCAACCUGCUCACUGUGGCAGAGGAAAAGAAGAGACGGAACAUGGAGCUGAUCCCGCUGACGGCUCGGAUGGUGAUGACGCACCUCGUGAACCACCUGGGCCACCAUCCGCUCAGCGGGGGCCCCGCCCUCCUGCACAGCCUGGUCAACGAGAACCACGACAACCUAUACGUGGAGUCAUCGGAGCUGUCCUCCGACGUCUUCAAGAGCCCCAACCUGCAGCUCUUCGUCUUCAACGACAGCACGCUGGUGUCCUGCCUGCAGAUCCCACCCGUCACAGAGACCUCGACGGACCCCCGCCCGGGGGCGACGGUGUCGCCCGAGGUCAGGGUGAUCGUGCGGGACAUCUCGGGGAAGUACUCCUGGGACGGCGGGGUCCUGUACCGGCCUCUGGAGGACGGGGAAGCGCUCCAGGGAGCCGGUUUGGUGUCGAGGCCUCUGGACCCCGGCGCCGACCCUAUCCCGGACGAGCCCCCUUCCCUCUCCGGGUGUUGCUCGGAGGACGGCGAAGAUGGGGAGGACGCUCUGGACAGCCUGCUGGAGAGCCUGGGUCACACCAGCCCCGAGUGCCUCCCCCAGCCCCGGCUCCAGCUCAACCAGCCCGCGCCCUCGCCCUUCGGCAUGAACCCCGACCAGGAGGCUGCCAUCACUGACGCCGUGCUCCGGCAGACCCAGCUGGAGGGGGAGCACGUCCGCCGCUUGUGCGGGACCCCCGGAGUCAGAGCCGCGCCCCAGAGGGAGCCCGCGCCCCAGGACCCCAAAGCACCUUUCUACUUCUGCAGACUGCUGCUCAACGACCUGGGCAUGAACUCCUGGGACCGCAGGAAAAACUUUCACCUCCUGAAGAAGAACUCGAAGCUCUUGAGGGAAAUUAAGAAUUUGGAUUCAAGGCAGUGUCGAGAGACGCACAAGAUCGCCGUGUUCUACAUCGGCGAGGGCCAGGAGGACAAGUGCUCCAUACUGUCCAACACUGAGGGGAGCCAGGCCUAUGAGGACUUUGUGUCUGGACUGGGCUGGGAGGUGGACCUGGCCACGCACUGCGGCUUCAUGGGCGGCCUGCAGAGGAACGGCAGCACCGGACACACCGCACCCUACUAUGCUACCUCCACCGUGGAAGUCAUCUUCCACGUGUCCACCCGCAUGCCCUCCGACUCUGACGACUCCCUCACCAAAAAGCUGCGUCACCUAGGAAACGAUGAGGUCCACAUCGUGUGGUCGGAUCACAAGCGGGACUACCGACGGGGGAUCAUCCCCACAGACUUUGGCGACGUGCUGAUCACGGUGUACCCCAUGAAGAACCACAUGUUCUUCAUCCAGAUCAUGAAGAAGCCGCAGGUUCCUUUCUUCGGUCCGCUCUUCAAUGGCGCCAUCGUCACAGGAACCUUGCUGCCAAGCCUAGUGCGGGCCACCUGCAUCAACGCCAGCAGAGCCGUCAAAUCCCGCCUGACCCUCUACCAGAGCUUCUAUGAGGAGCGGGCACUGUACCUGGAGGCCAUCGUACAGAACCACAGAGAGGUCAUGACCUUCGAGGAUUUCGCGUCCCAGGUCUUCUCCCCCUCCCCAAACUACUAUGCUCUCAGCGGGACAGGUUCCCUCAGCGGCAGCACGAGUGCUGAGCUCAGCGUUGCCGUAGGAACGGACUCCGCCGACCAGGUCUCCCCCACAAUGCCGCGUGCCACAAAGAACAGAGUUUCCGGAAAACUCCGACGUUCAGCCAGCGCUAUAAGCAAAUCCUCCAACUGAGCUCUUCCCUGCAAAAAAAGUGAUUUUUGUUGUUUUUAUUUCCAUGUAAUUCAGCUCUUAACAGUUUGUUUUAAAACCUCACACCCUCACGACUGCAAUGUUUGUUUUGUGUUUUUCGUUUCUUUUUUUCUUUUUUUUGGUUUGUUUCUCAAAUAUAACUGGGCACACACUGGCAAUGUUUUAAGUUAAGAAAUAUGAAUAUAUAUAUAUAUAUGGUUAUUAAUUAAGUACAUUUCUGAUUGUGUUGUUGAAUUGUGUUUUGUUCAUUUACACGUGACACUGUGAGUUUUAAUGGAAUUUAGGAAGAAUCAAAUGCUAAAAUGAUUGUGGGGGGUAAAAACGUAUGACUUUAGACUUACCAUUGUUCAUAGCGAAAUGAUGAGUCAGAAGUAGGCCUAGUAGUCGAGUAAUUAUUCAGGGAACUGAGUAAAAUAUUUAAUGAUUUUGAAGUAUGAAGUUAUAAUACAUUUGUGAUAUUUCUGAUUGUGGCAAAGGUGUGAUUUACAGUGGUUUCCAAACCGUACUAGCGGGCUGCACAACACAGGGAAACGUUCUGUGGAAAUGGGAACGAAGAGCCUCUCUUUAGGGCCGUGCGAUUCCAUCUCGUUGCCUGGCUUUCACGAAUGCCUCACGUAGCUACACCAACAGGUAAACCGUUAACCUGAGCCGUAGGCUAGUUCCCCGUGGAAAUCAAAACCAUGGAAACGUCAAGCCCUCGCAGGUCGGAAAAGUCCAAUCUGUUUUUAUCCACAUGCUGUUGUUUUUUGUUUGUUUAUUUAAUUAUUGUAACAUUUGUUUUGGUGCCUCUGGAUCCUUUACAAUGUGAUUUUGUUUCCUCUUAAUGAAAAUAGUGGUCUUCUCGAUACUGCUGUCUUAAACACUGUCAGAUCACCACCAUUGCUGUGGUGAAAUAGCCUAUUAUUUAUUUGCUUGCCCUGCUCUGCCUAAAAACACUCUCCACCAGUGGUUCCAAAGCUGUGUGUCACAAGACACACCUGGGGGAAAAUAGGUGCUGUCUAAUUUUUUCCGUUAAAAUUCUCGCUGGUCAAAUGAAACACUGAAGCUUUCGUCGUUACUGUACAUGAGGUCGUUUUCACAUUCCAAAUUGAAUCACAUAUAUGAAUGUGCUUGUCAGGCUACAUUUUAAUAGAUUGGUUGUGGAUAAUAUAUUCAUUUUUUUGAGGUCAUGGGACGAAGAAGGUUUGGAAACCACUGCCCUACACUACCUGGCUCCUAAUUUGUAGUGCAGACGUAUAUUUUACGUUGUGAAGUUUGGAAUGCAAACGGACUGAAUAACAAUGUGCUUCCCACUGAGACUAAUCUAAUUUGAUUGCUUUUUUUAAUUUCUAUUUUAGAUUUAUUUCAGUGGAUUCUUUUUCAUUUCCUUUUUAUUUUUGCUUGAUUUAUGCAACUUUACUGGAAUGAAAAGACUGCAUUUGUGAUUGUGUGUAAUGUGGUUUAUCCUGUGUUGGAUACUUGUAGCCUGUAAUGAAUAUGGUUUUUAUACAGGUCUCGUUUUGGACGUUAUCUUCGUUUCUCGUCCCUUGAAGCUGCAAGACAUUAUUAUUAUUGUGACAUUCCCGCAGACUUCUUUUUGCACUUGUCUUCAGUGGUAACCUAAAAUCAAAUGGGUUUUUUUUUUCUUUCAUCGGAUGUAAAACGCUUUAAUUUUUGUUAGAUUUUUUUUCGUUGUAUAAAGGAAGUAGCCUAAUAUCCGAGAUGGUUGUUUAGCGGUUGUGUUACGGUCUGUGUGCGCUGUGCGGUCUCAAUCCGCCACAGGAGCCUCAGGUUGAAUCCGUGCUCUGGCACGCGUUUCGAACGCCGAGCCUGGACCACCAGUCGGGGCUCGUGAGCGUACACGUGCGUGUGUGACACCUGGCUCCCGGGUCCCCGGCGCCCAGAGCGGUCUGUUCGCAUCAUUUCUCUUUCAGGAGAACUCCCUCUGUACCUGACAUUCUCUUUCAAAAUCAUGAGACAACCCUAUCCCCCAACUCUCUCUCUCUGCCCCCCCCAGACACAGCAGUGGGGUCCUAGCAUACAUUUCAUUGGUUUAAAAUGGGAGCGAGGGUAGGAAUGCAGUAAAUGUAUAAUGAGAGCAACAGUUGUGUAUGUACAGUACAUAUAUGUAUAUAUGUGAAUCAGGGUCCCCAACCACCUUGCCGGCAUGAUGACAAGGCUAAUGCAGUGCCGUUGUCUUGUAGCAGCAGCCGUCAGGUGUAGACAUGGCAAACUGCCUUCCUUCCUCCCCUGGUACCACACUACUCAACUCACUCUGGCACCCCCCACCCCCCUCGACCCCCCUCGACCAGUGUGGUUGCCAUUGGAGCCAGGUGUUACAGGCACUCGUAAGCUCCACUGGAGCUGCAACACUGUCUCGUUGCACUAUAUUUGCCUUGCCUGUACAUCUUACCUGUAAGUUCUCUUCUGUUUCUGUUAAUUUUUUUAAAAUUUUGUUUUAAUUUUGAUUUUAUUUUCCAAGCACUGAUUUAUAACAUAGGAGACAUGAUCUGAGCAAUGGCGCUCAAAAGAAAAAUGCUCACUAUGUGUUUUUAAAAGAAUGUAUGCAAACAGUGACCUGGAUGAAAUCAAUGAUUUUUUUUGCCUGACCAGUAAUGACAGAUCACUACAAAGCCCUCCCAAGGCAGGUCUUUUAUUCACCAGAGGUAGAAGUUAAAUGAGCUGAAGUAAAUGUUGCCGUUUUUUAAAAAUAGGGAGGCUUACUUUUAUUCAACAGAUGGGUCAAGAUUGUUGAUGUGAUCAGGGCCAGGGUUGUAGCUUCUUCAAACUGGUCAACUCGUGAGAAGCUUCAUGAAAUAGCUUGUGUUAAUUCUAGAUUUUCUGAUAGGAAACCUGAUUCAUUGUUUCAUCUGGAGAUUCCUGUUCUAAUGAAAAAAUAUAAAUAUAUAAAUGCUUGUAAUAUAAUCUUUGUAAAAGAGGGAGAAGGAAAAAAAGCUUGAAAUUUCAUCUUUAAUUGUUAACAUAUCAAACUGUUUUUAAUGAUAAAAGUCAUGUUUAUUAGAAAUGUGCAAAUUGAAGCAUUUCAUCAAAUAAAUUUGAGAAUUCCGUAAAAAA